GAAACUGACAACCUUCUUUAGCCCAGCGUUUACCAGCCGCUAUAAUUGAAAGGGGAAUGUUAGAUUUAUAGCAUUUACAUCAGAUUGAAGGCAAUUGAGUGCACCAGUUAAGUUGGUUCGCUGGUAAAAGCUACACCGCCACGUUGUUGUUACAUGGUGGUAGAAAUAAGUUCCGACAGGUUAGCUUUGCGGUGGCUAUUCCGCUAUUUACUACAUAACCAUGACGUUGGGGAAAGGAUAUAUCCGCUACUUACUGGACUGCGGACGUCAGCCUACGGCGUGUGACUGAGAGCCGGCGGGGUUGCAGACAGGUGUUGCAGGUUGCUCCCAUGUGCCCAUGGACAAAACUUCCUUUGAGGGGUGGCUGGAGUCAGUCUCCACCACUUUCCUUUCUUUGAAUGACCAGCAACGGAACCAGUGUCUGGACCACCUAAUAUCCUUAAGUGGUGCCGUCCAGCUCCGCCAUUUGUCCAACGGUCUCGAGACUUUGCUGAAGCGUGACUUCCUGCGCCUGCUUCCUCUGGAGCUUGCCUUCUACUUGCUGCGAUGGCUGGAUCCUCAGAGCCUUCUCACCUGCUGCUUGGUCUGCAAACAGUGGAACAAGGUUAUAAACUCCUGCACAGAGGUGUGGCAGAGUGUGUGUCAGGAGCUGGGCUGGAAGAUUGAUGAGUCUAUUCAAGACGCAUCGCACUGGAAGGUGGUAUAUUUGAAGGCGAGGCUGCGUAUGACUCAGCUGAAGGAUCAGGAAGCCUUUGAGACGUCAUCACUCAUCGGGCACAGCGCUCGAGUCUAUGCGCUCUACUAUAAGGAUGGUCUCCUCUGCACAGGAUCUGAUGAUCUUUCUGCUAAAUUAUGGGAUGUGCGCACCGGACAGUGUAUUUAUGGAAUUCAGACACACACCUGUGCCACAGUGAAGUUUGAUGAGCAGAAGCUGGUGACCGGGUCCUUUGACAAUACUAUUGCAUGCUGGGAGUGGUGCACAGGAGCCAGAAUCCAGCAGUUUCGUGGCCACACAGGAGCAGUCUUCAGUGUGGACUACAACGAUGAACUGGAUUUGCUGGUCAGUGGGUCUGCAGACUUCUCAGUCAAGGUCUGGUCUUUGUCUGCUGGAUCCUGUCUCAACACUAUGACUGGGCACACAGAAUGGGUCACCAAGGUGAUCCUGCAGAAAAGUGAAGUUGAGUCGGUGGUUCACAGUCCUGGUGAUUACAUCCUCCUCAGUGCUGAUAAGUAUGAAAUUAAGGUUUGGCCUUUAGGCAGAGAGAUCAAUUGCAAGUGCUUGAAGACGCUCUCAGUUUCGGAAGAUCGCAGCAUCAGCCUCCAGCCCCGGUUGCAAUUCGAUGGACGUUACAUCGUUUGCAGCUCUGACCUUGGAGUUUAUCAGUGGGACUUUGCUAGUUUUGAGAUUCUCAGGGUAAUAAAGCUGCAGGAUCCAGCCAACCUUUCCCUGCUCAGUUUUGGAAAGGUGUUUGCACUCCUUUUCGACAACCACUUCCUGUACGUCAUGGACCUGAGGACGGAGGUCAUCUCAGGCCGCUGGCCUCUGCCGCCCUACAGGAAAUCCAAAAGAGGCUCCAGCUUCCUGGCAGGUGUGACAUCCUGGCUCAAUGGCCUGGAUGGGGGCAACGACUCUGGACUGGUAUUUGCUACCAGCAUGCCCGACCAUAGCAUUCACUUAGUCUUGUGGAAAGAGAAUGGGUAGAUGACAAGAAUGUCCAUAACCCCCCCACCUCCAUCCCAACAGCUGAAAUGAGAGCCAGCACCACGUGUGCUGUGGACGAUGUAACUGCCAACAUACAUCCUACUCGGACCAAAGCAUUUCCUUCAACCCGUUUCCUUCUCAGAGUGAAUCUCCUCCAGACAUUAACAUGUACAGUAACGAUGGAAUUUGAAGGCCAGAUUACCGACUUCUUUACUCAACACUGGAUUAACCCCCGUCCAUCAGAAUAACCUCCACAAACACCAAGUUGUCUCAGCCAAAAACAAGCCGGCACUCAACGCAACACCUCUUGAAACAGAUGUCAGUCAGGAGGAGUACAUGUCGAGAGUUUUGCUUGAUCGUCAGCCUGGCAGUGUACAGUGAAAAAAAAAAGUACAUUUUCUGACCUUAAUGCUUCAAUAAAUGUGCCAUCUCCAUGAGAAACUGUUUGGUGGGAUACAGUAACGUCGCAGUGAACUCCAUGGCCCACGCUGAGCUGUCCCGCUGAAGCUCGGAUGUCUUUGAUUAAAGAAAGGGUUGCCUUAAACGGUUAGAUCCCAGCGCCUCCAGCUUAUGUUCUCCCCCAGUUCAUUAAUGAAGCAACAAACGGCAAAAAACAUGGGAUGAACAGCCUUCUCUUAAAAUCUGUUCCUUUUUCCUUUCAUUGUAUAGGAGAAAACGAUAAUUCUAGACUUAAAAACAAUAGACCAACUUCAUCUAUUUGUCAUCAAACUGGCAGAUUUAGUUCCAAUUAAGUUUUUGAAAUACCAAACCAAUGAAAUGAUAGAAAUAUCCAGAGUUCUGCUGCAAAUCUACAAAAAACAUUUGAUUAAAAGCAGCUUGAAAGAGUUAAACCUCAUCCUUCAAUUUGGUCACGUUAUGGUGAAAUCUGCAGUGCAUGCUGGGUGAAUUCUAAUGCAACAGAAAAGCUUCAACGCUCUCAGCUGUGUGGCUUCUAGCAGAAACUCUGCAGUUUACAGACUAGGCUGGUUCUGUUUUGCAGCUUCUGUUCUCUCCUGUGUUUUCUCAAAGUUAGCUCUCCUCCCUUUGCACUACAGGCGUUUACCAGCCAGGAAUCUGUCCUAAACCUGUUCAUUUCACAUUUAGCUAGAACACAUCUGAUCAAAACCCUUAAAGACAAAAAGGAAAGUCAUGAAAGCACUAAGCCAAAGUUCCAACUGUUAGCUUAGAUGAUGUACAGCAGACAGAGAGGCUCUUUUUUUGUAAAGCAGUGGAAUAUUUUGAGUAAAACUUUGUGCACAUUUAGAGUGAUGACCAUUAAUUUUGAUCAGUUAGUGGAAUUUUGAAUAUGAGAAACAUUACAGAUGAAUGGAAAAGUCUCUUCUGCAACAGACAUGCUUUUCUGUCAUUGCAUCCAAAAUGCAGUCCAGCUGCUUCUGCAGGAUGGGGGGGGGGGGGGGGGCAAUGUUUAUCACAGCAGCUGCAAUCCUAAAAGAUUAAGUAAUAGAAACUAAAUUUUCCAAGUUGCUCUCAAAUGUGAUACAGCUUUUUUAACAUUGAUGUUUCAUUGUGUGUUUUUGGUUCAAAGAAAUAUUUUUCAGUUGUGUGCUGCUUAAAUCUUAUUGACCAAAAAAUGAUUCAAACCAUUAAUUUAGUCCAUAUAGAAUCAAGCAUUUGGUAAAACAACAAUAAUAAGACAAUGAAUUCCUUAGCAUGAGUAUCUAUGGAAGUACAGUCUGCCUUCAGUCAUAUUGAUCCUGCGAUAAUCAUCGAUUGAUCACUUUCUUCGCACAAGCAUCUCUGUUUCAUUGGAUCUGCACCAAACUAAAUUUAUGGAUCAUCUUUGUUUGUGCAGUUUUAUUUUCUGCUUUGAUUUCAACUUUGAUUUCUGUUUUCGAUUCAAAAAUGGAAUUACUUUAAAGCAGAUUUUUAACAAUUAUCAAAAUAAGUCAACUUUAGUUUCUGUUGGAUUUACUUUUGAAAAACAUUUCUUACUCUUAUGGUCUUUACUGUCCAGACCUUAACGUCUUCUGUGGCUGCAAAGGCAAACUUCUGGGGUUUUCCUUUGAGAUGUUCACUUUUUUUUCUUGAUCAAAGUAAAACUGCUUUAAUUUUAAUUCAUUCAUUUAACUUCUAUGCUUCCUACAAAGUUGGUUUAAAAAUAACUGCCACAUUUAGCAUUUUUUUAAAUAUCAGGAGGAGUACUUUGUCUGCAUUGUAUAUUUUUGGGUUGUUUUAUUUUUGUUAAUACAGAAUAAAAUGAUCCACCGUGAGAAGUUAUUCAUUGUUUACUCUUAUUUUCCCGCGGAUUAGGAACCCUUAAGAAGAGACUGGAUCUUUUUUUUCUAAAAACAGCUUAACUUUACUGCAGUAACUGCGCUGUAAAUGCUAGGGAUGUGCAGAUUCUGCCAUGCUACUUUUUAUGGCUUAUACCACUUUUAUGAAUAUGCUACUUUCAGGGUUCUUGUGUGAGGUUUUUGCACAAUGCAUGGCCACGGUGAUUGCACUUCUGUGCGAAAUUACAAUUUUAGGAUUGAUUUUGAGAUUAUAGUUUUCCUAUUGGUCUAGGAGAAUGUGAGAAAAUGUGCCUCAGUACUAACAAAAUGUCUGUUUGGUCUUUAGCAGCUCUGAAACUUCAGGCUGUGUUUGAGCAAAUGCCUGGAUGUGUUUGCAUUGGUUGGCUCCAAGUCUUUGCAGCACAACUGGUGCAUAUUCUGCACUCCUUUGUGUUCGAUAACUCCGCUUUGUACAGAUGACCUUUUCUUUUGCAGGGAUACCUGAACAGCAGAUGUUCCGUGGAUUGUAGUUUAUUUUUCAACUUUAAUUAAACUAUGAUCAGUAUAGUGGAUUCUGGUUGCAGUUGACCUUUGCCCUACUUCUUUUUCUUUCCAGUCGUACCGUUUAGGUGAUUUAUGAAUAACUUGGCUUCAAUAAAGUGACCAAAAACCCCAAAUAA